CAGAUUCCCUUUAACCCAAUUUUAUAAAGACCCAUCUUCCUCAUUCUCUCAACAAGUGAACUAACCUCACUCAACUCAACUCUCUCUCUCUCUCUCUCCCUCAAAUCUCUUUUGCUCUCUCUUUCUCUCUCACACACUCACAGACUCAGUGAACCCAUUAAUGAGCUCACUCCACAGUCAAAAUUGAUUCUUUGAUAAUCACACUCUGUGAGCCUCCUCAUCUGUAGAUCUCUCUGUGAUUUUUAUUUCUUUCUUUUUCUUUCUUAAGAUUCUCACAGCCUUUGCUGAAAAUGGAAAUACCCACCGGAAAGCAGAAGCCCACGCGCCGCCCAUUCACAGCGAGCAUUUAAAACCUUGUUCUUUGUCUUGAUUUCUACAUAAAGACUCCAUUUUUCUUUUUUCUAUUUGGACAAUGACGGAGGCGGCUGACGGGAAAGCGAUGCCGGCGGAGGCCGAGAAGAAGAAGGAGCAGAGCCUCCCCUUUUAUCAGCUGUUUUCUUUUGCUGAUAAGUACGACUAUAUCCUGAUGAUUAGUGGCAGCUUGGGGGCCGUCAUUCACGGGUCCUCCAUGCCCGUUUUCUUCCUGCUUUUCGGCGAGAUGGUCAAUGGCUUCGGGAAAAACCAGAUGGAUUUGCACAAGAUGACCCAUGAAGUUGCCAAGUAUGCUCUCUAUUUCGUAUACCUUGGAUUGGUUGUGUGCUUUUCGUCCUAUGCAGUUCACUACGGAUCAGUCGCACGUGGUCCGUAGACUGUUCUUUGUCUUGAUCCUCUUCACCGGUCAAUUUUCUUCAAUAAUAUUUUUCUCUGUUUUACAUAAAACCCCAUUUACAUCUCCAUCAAAAUGAUGGGUCUUUAGAAUUUCACGUUUCUUUCUCUCCAUCCUUUUUUUGUUUUUCUACUUUUUGGUCAAAUUCAUUUUCAUUUAUUUUCCUUUUGUUCACAUACCCGUGCUAAAACAGAGAUUUGUGUAAUAUUCUCUGUUUGACAUCAUUCCCAAUUUCUUUCACUUCAUCCUUUCGUUUUUUCUCCUUUUUGGCCAAAUUUAUUUUCAUUUCUUUUACAUCCAAUUAUUUCCAUCAUUCUUGGUUGAAAAAUUGACCCAUUUUGUCCAUACAUUUGUUCAAAAACAGAGAUUGCAUGUUGGAUGUACAGUGGGGAAAGGCAAGUGGGUGCACUGAGGAAAAAAUAUUUAGAGUCUGUUUUGAAACAGGAUGUAGGCUUUUUUGAUACAGAUGCAAGAACUGGGGAUAUUGUGUUUAGUGUCUCUACAGAUACCCUGCUUGUUCAAGAUGCCAUUAGUGAGAAGGUUGGUAACUUCAUUCAUUAUCUUUCGACUUUUCUGGCUGGCUUGGUGGUCGGUUUUGUGUCGGCAUGGAGGCUAGCUCUACUCAGUGUGGCCGUUAUUCCUGGAAUAGCUUUUGCCGGUGGAUUAUAUGCUUAUACGUUAACUGGGCUCACCUCUAAGAGCCGUGAAUCGUAUGCGAGUGCUGGUAUAAUUGCCGAGCAGUCGAUUGCCCAAGUUAGGACAGUUUACUCGUACGUUGGUGAGAGCAAAGCCCUGAGUGCUUAUUCAGAUUUAAUUCAAAACACACUAAAGCUGGGGUACAAAGCUGGAAUGGCUAAAGGACUCGGUUUAGGAUGUACUUACGGUAUAGCAUGCAUGUCGUGGGCACUCGUUUUCUGGUAUGCUGGCGUUUUCAUUCGAAACGGGCAGACAGAUGGCGGCAAGGCAUUCACCGCUAUUUUCUCUGCCAUUGUUGGUGGCCUGAGCUUGGGUCAGUCUUUCUCCAAUCUUGGAGCUUUCAGCAAAGGAAAAGCUGCUGGAUACAAAUUAAUGGAAAUAAUCAAGCAAAAACCGACUAUCGUUCAAGACGAAAAGGAAAACAAGUGCUUGUCUAACGUCAAUGGGAACAUCGAGUUCAAAAACGUAACUUUUAGCUACCCUUCAAGACCCGACGUCUUCAUCUUCCGAGACUUUUCCAUUUUCUUCCCGGCGGGAAAAACGGUAGCUGUCGUGGGCGGUAGUGGUUCGGGAAAAAGUACCGUUGUCUCAUUAAUUGAAAGAUUUUACGAUCCUAAUCAGGGAGAAAUUUUGCUCGACGAUGUUGAUAUAAAAACCCUGCAGCUGAGAUGGUUGAGGAAUCAAAUUGGCCUAGUGAAUCAAGAACCCGCGCUCUUUGCCACAACAAUACUCGAGAACAUUCUUUACGGGAAGCCCGAUGCUACUAUGGCCGAGGUGGAAGCUUCUGCAUCGGCUGCUAAUGCUCAUAGCUUCAUCUCCUUGCUUCCAAAUGGAUACAACACUCAGGUGGGAGAACGUGGGGUCCAGCUGUCGGGUGGGCAGAAGCAGAGGAUCGCAAUCGCACGUGCCAUGCUCAAGGACCCGAAAAUCCUACUCCUCGACGAGGCCACGAGCGCUCUCGAUGCAGGCUCGGAGAGCAUCGUUCAAGAAGCCCUCGACCGACUCAUGGUGGGCCGGACCUCAAUCGUCGUGGCCCACCGCCUUUCGACAAUCCGUAACGUCGACUCCAUAGCCGUCAUCCAACAAGGCCAGGUCAUCGAAACCGGGACCCACGAAGAACUCAUAUCCAAAGCCGGCGCUUAUGCUUCUCUCAUCCGAUUUCAAGAAAUGGUCGGUAAUCGAGAGUUCUCGACGAACCCCUCCACUCGACGGACACGAUCCUCGAGAUUAAGCCACUCGCUCUCGACAAAAUCCCUCAGCCUUCGUUCGGGGAGUUUAAGGAAUCUGAGCUAUUCUUACAGCACGGGAGCAGACGGGCGAAUCGAGAUGGUCUCGAAUGCCGAGACAGAACGGAGAAAAAACCCGGCCCCAGCUGGUUAUUUCUGCCGUUUGCUGAAAAUGAAUGCGCCCGAGUGGCCAUACUCGAUUAUGGGGGCUGUGGGGUCAAUUCUUUCGGGCUUUAUAGGGCCCACUUUUGCAAUAGUGAUGAGUAACAUGAUUGAGGUGUUCUAUUAUAGGAACCCGGCUGCUAUGGAGAGGAAAACGAAGGAGUACGUUUUUAUCUAUAUUGGAGCGGGACUUUACGCGGUGGUCGCGUAUCUCAUUCAGCACUACUUCUUUAGCAUCAUGGGAGAAAAUCUCACUACCCGAGUUCGGAGGAUGAUGCUAGCAGCAAUUCUGAGGAAUGAAGUGGGGUGGUUUGAUGAAGAGGAGAAUAACUCGAGCCUGCUCGCGGCUCGUCUGGCUACCGAUGCUGCAGACGUGAAAUCGGCUAUAGCAGAGAGGAUAUCUGUGAUACUGCAGAACAUGACUUCUCUUCUCACUUCAUUCAUAGUGGCCUUCAUUGUGGAGUGGAGGGUUUCAUUGCUCAUACUUAGCACAUUUCCUCUCCUUGUCUUGGCAAACUUUGCACAGNAACUAUCACUCAAGGGUUUUGCCGGCGACACGGCGAAAGCCCACGCGAAAACGAGCAUGAUCGCCGGCGAAGCCGUGAGCAACAUCCGCACCGUCGCGGCCUUCAACUCCCAACCGAAGCUCCUCUCCCUCUUCUCCCACGAGCUCCGCCUCCCCCAACGCCGCUCCCUUAAACGGGCCCUCUCCUCGGGCCUCCUCUUCGGGCUCUCCCAGCUUGCCCUCUACUCCUCGGAGGCCCUAAUCCUCUGGUACGGCUCCCGCCUCGUCCUCCACGGCCUCUCCACCUUCUCCCGCGUCAUCAAAGUCUUCGUCGUCCUCGUCAUCACCGCCAACUCCGUCGCCGAGACCGUCAGCCUCGCCCCCGAGAUCGUCCGCGGCGGCGAGGCCAUCGGCUCCGUCUUCUCCGUCCUCGACCGCCCCACCAAAAUCGACCCUGACGACCCGGAAACCGAGCAAAUCUCGUCCAUCCGCGGCGAAAUCGAGCUUCGCCACGUGGACUUCGCGUACCCAUCCCGGCCCGAAGUCGCGAUCUUCAAAGACUUCAGCUUGCGGAUUCGGGCGGGCCAGAGUCAGGCCCUAGUGGGCCCGAGCGGGUCGGGCAAGAGCACGGUUAUAUCUCUAAUCGAGAGAUUCUACGACCCGGUUGGCGGGAAAGUGAUGAUCGACGGGAAGGAUUUAAAACGGGUUAAUUUAAAAUCGUUGAGGAUGAGAAUCGGGCUCGUUCAGCAAGAGCCCGUUUUGUUUUCCGGCAGCAUUUUCGAGAAUAUCGCGUACGGGAAAGAAGGGGCGACGGAAGGGGAAGUGGUGGAGGCGGCGAGGGCGGCGAACGCGCACGUUUUUGUAACCGGGCUGCCGCGAGGGUACGAUACGCAAGUGGGGGAGAAGGGAGUGCAGCUUUCGGGAGGGCAGAGGCAGAGGAUAGCAAUUGCGAGGGCGGUUUUGAAGAAUCCGGCGAUUUUGCUUUUGGACGAGGCGACGAGCGCGUUGGAUGCGGAGUCGGAGCUGGUUUUGCAGGAGGCGCUGGAGAGGGUGAUGAGGGGGAGGACGACGGUUGUAGUGGCGCACAGGCUGGCGACAGUGAGGGGGGUGGAUAGUAUAGGGGUGGUGCAGGAAGGGAGGAUAGUCGAGCAAGGGACGCAUGAAUGGUGUUUGGUGGAGGGUGGUGAGGGUUU